CGGAUCGCGAGAUGGCAGAUCGUUUCCUACGGUAAACGUCUUCAGAGUUACAUUUCCGAAUGUCUUACUUCUGAUAAUGGGAAACUCAGCUGCUCAUCUAAAAGAAGUGUUUCAGAGAACUGAACCUCCAUUGGAACCAGAAAGCCCUGCAUGUGCUCAAAUCCAGAACUUGGUAGACCCAAGGUCGCCAACUAACCUGUUUACCAGGACUCCCAUAGAAGUGGAGGGUUUUCCUAGUAAGGCGAGGAGCAGAUUGAAUGCAGCACACUUAAUAAAGUCUCCUGAUCCAACAGCAAGGGGCAGUUACCUUAAUUCUAAUGAUGCUGAGUCACCUGAAGAUGGAAAGGUUAUGAGGAAAAUGUGCAGGAUACGUUUAUUGUCAAAUGACCCAAGAUCACCUUCUGCUGGCAUUGUUCGUACACCAAUAGAAGUGGAAUCAACCCCUGUUGUUCUUUAUCAUAAGCAUAACCAAGAGGAAUUCUCGUCAACUGACAGCCUUGUCACAGCUACAUCACUGGAGGAUCCGGCGUUUCCUCCAGAUAAUUCUCCAAUUACGUCAGGCAGCAAACCCAAGCUUAGCUUCCUUGAACCAAGGUCACCACAUACAGAAUUUGCUCAUAUCCCAAUUCAGCAGGAGAGCCCAUCAGACUCAUUAAAUCAUCAGACAGCUGACACAUUUGCAACAUCACAAUCAAUAGGAGGCUCAGAAUUUAAUUGUAACAUGGAAGAGUUUGGAAACAUAACAGACAGCCAGUCAAAGAACAUGAAGCCUACUGUUGGAAGAGAAACACCUGUGAAUUGGAACAAAACAAAUGGGGACUCUCUCAUUAGAAAGCUGUUUGAUACCCCUGAUUCCAAGGAACUUUUGAUACAGGCUUCGCUCAAGGCUCGUACUCCAUUGCAAACUGUGUCUGCGAAUGAAAUCUCACAGCAACAGAUAUUACGAGUUAAGCAGUCUCAUGGAAUACACCAGGAGAUAGGACGUCUAUCUGGGAUUGAGAACACACCGCCAGACACACUAAAAAAAAGUCUCAUUCACAAAAAAUAAGCAGUUACCAAAAUAAAACAUAUCUUAGGAAUAGCAUCAGGACAGGAGUGUUAUAUUUUGAGAAAAUACCUUCAAUUUUUAUAUACCUUUUUUAUCCUUUUCAUAAAAUAGAAUAUGUUUUCCUAACCUGCAUAUAGUGAUUCAUGUAACAUUUAUAUAAUUAUGUGGUAGUUAAAAUUUUCAAGAGUAAUUUUAUAUAAAGAAUGAAUAAAUGAAAGUAAUAGGCAGUUACAUGAUUUUCAUUGUCAUUGUACCCUUUCAACUUUCCUAAGAGGUGAGGUGGGAACAGAAAAGACUGAUGCACUUUAGGCAGUAGCUCACAUCUUAAUUUUACUGAAAGGCAUGUAAUUUGGCAGGGAAUGAUGUGACAUUCCUAAAGCAGCCAAAAAGGUAAUUUGAAAAGCGUCUACCUUACUAAAUGAGCAGUUAUGUGCAUCUUGUCUUCAUAAAAAGAAUUCCAUGAUA